AUGAUGCGAAGGCAGUUGGGUGUGGGCAUUUCCUUCGUGUGCUUAUCUGUGUUGGCCGCAGAGGAGGUGGUGGGGGAAACGACGGCCGCCGCGCGACAGGAGACGCACGCAACCGGUUAUGCAUCAUGGCCCCUUGCCCUUCUUCUUGUGACAUUGCUGCUUAAUGUCACGCUGGCCGCAAUGUUUGCUGGACUCACCAUUGGACUUUUCGGCAUGAACUUUGUUACGCUUGAGAUUAUUUCUUCUGCAGGGAAGGAGCCAGAUAGUACGUACGCCAAAAAAAUUCUUCCCAUACGGCGCUAUGGUCACCAACUCUUAGCAACGCUGCUUAUUGGCAAUAUGCUCACCUUGGUCGUUACCUCACAAAUGGUGGCAGCCGUCAUUCAGUCGACGGAGUUAGUCAACUUUCUUGUGGCCACCGUCAUUGUGUUCGUGUGUGCGGAGAUUAUACCUAUGGGCGUCUGCAACAAAGGGCCAUACGCGCUCUGGAUUGGGGCAAAAAGUGCUCCCAUUGUAUCUAUUGCUAUUUUUGUUCUUUAUCCCGUGGCAAAACCUUUGGGCAUGUUCCUGGAGUGUAUUGUGACGCGCGAUGAAGGGCUCGUCUACGACCGAAAUGAGUUGAAGAAACUUAUCCAUGUUCACUGUAAGAAGUAUGGGCGUGAAUCUGGGUUGGGUGAUGAUGAGAUGCGCAUGAUUAUCGGUGCCCUUGAAAUGCAUGACGUCAAUCUAACCUCAAUUCUGAAACCGCUGGACAAGGUUGUGCUGCUUCCAGGUAACACGGCUGUUACGCGCAAAUUGAUGGAACAGCUAUGGAACUGCGGCCGUUCACGAUUGCCUGUUUACUCUGGUGAUGUCCAUACAGGCAUCACAGGGGUUCUGUUAGUUCGUUCCCUCAUCACCAUUACCGCCGAGCAGAUGGAAAAUGGUCUUACCGUUCAGGAGGUGGUGGAUGCAAACCCACAUGAUGUUGUUGUUGUUUCAGAGAUGUUGUCGUUGUAUGAAUUGUUAAAGAUUUUUCUAUCGGGAACGUCACAACUUGUUUUUGUGGAGGGUGUGUGCAAAAACGGGGGUGUGGGCGACUCGCUCGUAGGCAGAUCGAGUACCGUGACGACGACCACAGGCCCCGCAGAAGGAAAAGUAGAGGAACGGCAGCCACCGGUGGGAACAACGCCGACAGUGACACGUCCACAGGUCGCGGUUUCCGCACCCCAAACCGCUUCCCCGAUUAUUGGCAUUGUGACACUGGAGGAUGUCAUUGAGCGCUUCAUCAAGUCGGACAUCUACGACGAAUAUGAUCGGGGGGCGGAAGAAGAGGAGGAAGAGGAAGUAGGGAGAAGCGAAAGGCCGGAGGAAAAGGAGGAGGAGUGGGGGGAGAAAAAGUUUGACGUCCGGAGCCGAUGCGACGAGGUCGGAGUAGAUGGUUUGGGGCUCGACGUUUUGGGGGGUAUUCCACGUGCAAACUUUUACUCCUACGCUGUGGCUGACAGAGGGGGCAACGACGCAAUGACGAGGAGACAGAGGUUGACGCUUGCCAAUUUUUUUCUCAACUGCUACGCCGCCUUUGCAGCAUGGACCCGUCCGCAGAUGGAACGCUUUAUUGGUCGCAUUGGCGACUGCGUAGUUCGACUGGAAGGGGGCGCAAUGGAGGGCCCUGUAUUGUACCGAAGUGGGGAGAGGAGUGACGCGUUUACGUUGCUACUUAGCGGUGGCGUGUCGGUGUCUGUCUGCGAUGGCGCCUUUGCAACCGAAAAGCGCAGCUUCUCGGCGUUUGGAGAGGACAUUUUCCUGCACGAGGGAUACUUUACGCCAGACUACACAGCCAUUGUCUCACGCACAAGCCGGUAUAUUCGCUUUACUAUACACGAUUUCCUUGAGGAGCGACGGCGUGUACACGACGAAAACCGGCUGCACUCAGCAUUGGGGCCCAUCGUUAGUAAAUCAUAUGUGGAGGAACGACGGUGCGUCUAUGGUGAGGAACUUCCUCUUCCAUGA